GACUCAUGGCCUCAUGCCCCAUUCAGCUAGACCCAUUCCAAUGGAGGACAGGCACCAUGAACGACGACGACGAGACCUUGUCGAUUCCGCCUUGGACCGAAUGUCAAGCCCUCAAAAGUCAACUCAUGGACCUCGUCUUGACCGAGAGGGAGGAGUUCCUCCAAGCAAUCGCUCCAAACACAGCCUCCAACCCACCCGACAAGCUCGACAAGCCAGAGUCUCUCCUUGGGGAAAGCCAUGAGGUUGACUUGAACCCGAGCCAGACCCCUUUUGAACCAAAAUCAACGUCGCACACAUCGGUCUCGUGUCGAGUUGAGGCCGAUCUAAGGGCCAUUGAAAAGGCUCUCCGUGAACUUUUCCGGGUUUUAUACCUUCGAUCUCAUUCUCGUGAUUCGCGGGGGGCAAUCGUCAUGACGGAGAGCGAUGCUCAAGGCUUAACAAAGAGGAAGAAAAGGGACAAAGAUUUUCAAACGAGAUGGAAGCGAUCCCUUUAUGACUUAACUCAAAAGAUAAAUCAAACCAAGGUGGCCAUUUUGAGGCUGAAUAUAUGUGGAGAAGCCAAAAAGAAACUCAGUGAAAAUUCCGCAGACACCAAGCUCCAUUUGGCCCUGAGACAGCUGCUCUCCGUUCUAAAAAUGUUAUUGGCUCAGGCGCAUUUUCUGUGCUCACGAUCCAAGGAAUCCAAUUUUUAUAUUGAAAUUUUUGAACGCAUCUCCGAGGUUUCCAAGCUUUGUUCCCAACUCGGAUAUGCACAUCCGGAUCUUGUUUCAAGCCUCCAAGGUCUGGAAAAUAUGCUGGGUAUGAGUAAUGAAAAUAAGACUUGUGAUCCAACGUGUGAUCCAACGUGUGAUCCAACGUGUGAUCCAACGGCGAAGAGUUCACCAAUCGAUGCCCUUCGACGAAUCAAGACCACUUUACCCAGAAUUGACUUGAUCAACAAUUUAGCCAUGGAAAAAUUCGGUUCUUCCCCCAACCAAUCGCUGAAGAAGGCCAACUCCCAAGCUCCUUCGAAAUCAACCUUAGCGUCCAAUCCGUUAAUCUCGCCGGCCGAAGCCCGAUCUCUAGUGGGCCCGAAGGAGAAAGAAUCUGACUCGGCCUCAGGUUUUGUUCUCGAGUUGUCUGAUUACGACCUCGAAAACAUCCACCAAUCUAGACGAGACGUUUCCUCUUGGGACUUGUUGGCAAGUUAUCCGUGUGUGUUUCUGGGAGGUGAACGCUUUAGUGGUCCGAAUAAGCGAGGCAAGAAAGAACAAGAUUCCUCAAAUCCAGUUCAUAUUGUGAGGGCCUUAUCGGAUGACAUCGUGGAUCACUUGGUGCUUCAAGUGUGCGAAGAGAUGACCCAAGAUCGCCUCGUCUUGAGGGUCGUUGAUGAAGAAUUGGCAAAUUCCUAG